CACACCUUCGCGACAGCAACACUGUCACCGAGGCGCUGGCCUCUCACACGGACGCUAUGGAGUGCAUCUGGGAUGCUGCUCUCCUGAAGCGCCGCGAUGAGCUCCCACCGGAGUUACUCCAAGUCAUCGAGAACGCAGAUCCAGCUCGAUAUCUUCAAAGCAUCACCAAAACAUCCCUGGAUGCUCGAUACACCUACACAUUGCUCGCGCACUGCCGCGACAUCUUUCCGCAUGUCAGUGCAACGCUGCGCUCCCAUGGCGAUCUCGCUUCAUCGAUCGCCACUCUCGGUCGAGUGGUUCCUUUUGCGCCGCAUCUGACCAUCUACGCCACCCAUCUGCUAGAGGCCGAGCAGUAUGACUUUGAUUCUUCUCGCGAUGAUGAGGAACACCUGCCGUACCUUCUGGGCCUCUUCCGCCUCUUUGCUUUCAACGACCAAGUCUUCCGCAAUUUCACGCAGCCUCACAAGAUCGCGAAAUUGCUGCAAAGCCAAUGUCGGCCAGUCGUCUACUUGUCGAUACGCAUCCUGCAGGUCUAUCUAAACGGAGCAGAUGCCUGGUUCGAAGAUAUGGUACGGCAGUACUUGGGUGCAGAUUCAGAGGAUACUGCCAUCCUCGGCCAAUGGGAUGACAAGACGAUUGACUAUCGCUUUCUGACUCUGUGGGAGGAAGACCGAUUCGCCAGAGUCUGCGCAUUACUUAACACCGCACAGAACUCGCUAUCCGCCGUGGAUCAUCAGAGUCGUCGAAAGCUCCCGGCAACGUGCUUCCAUCCAUCCAUUGCAUUGAUUGCUGGCACACUUCUGCCCAGGUCAUCCGUCGAACCUAGAAACACUUUCACAACUGAGCAGAAGCUCAUCUCGACUCACACUACCGAUCAUAACCUUCGCAUCCUUGCAUCGGCCCUAAAAGACACCCAGCCUAUUCUCGUGACCGGCCUCCCAGGAUCUGGUAAAAGCUCGUUGGUGAGGCACAUUGCGCAGACCCUCGGAAAAGAUGACAGCAUGGUGACGCUUCAUCUCAACGAACAAAGUGAUGCGAAACUACUCAUCGGGAUUUACACCACCGGUGACACCCCCGGCUCUUUCGUCUGGAGACCCGGCGUGCUCACCACCGCCGUGCAAGAGGGACGCUGGGUUUUGAUUGAAGACUUGGAUCGUGCACCACGAGAAAUCAUCGGCACGCUGCUGCCCCUGAUCGAGAGUCGCCAACUACUCAUCUCCAACACGAAGCAGACCAUCUACGCUCACCCGGAUUUCAAGAUCAUUGCCACUCUUCGCACCGCCAUCAAUCAUCGGGGUGAAGAAACGGGGUCCCAUUCUCAUAUGCUGGGCAGGCGACAUUGGCAGAAUGUGGCCAUCAAAAUGCCUUCUACUCCUGAACUCCGACAGAUUGCUGCUCAGCUACACCCCUCUCUGGCUUCCCUCCUACCGCAGGUCGUGCGAGUAUAUGAGAGACUACAGUCUGCUGGACAGCGCGUUGCAUUGGCCGGAGGAAAUAAGACUGGGGUUCUGCGUUCUGUUUCUCCUCGAGACCUCUACAAAUGGUGCCGACGAAUCAACUCAAUGAUUCACCAGCGGACAUCUUUCACCAGCACUGACAUCGACGACAUCUUCUUGUCUGCCAUUGAUUGCUUCGUCGGCGCUCUACCCGACAGUCCCGCCCGCAAAGGCAUGACUGACGUCGUUGCCGAAGAACUACAUAUCGAUCCCCAGCGAAGGGAUUGUCUGCUACAUGAUCGGGAAGUCAACUAUCAGAGCGGCAAACAAGGGGUCAUAGUUGGUCGCUACCAGUUUUCGCACCAAAUGGCGAGAGCUAUACCUUCAUCCACGUUCUCCAUAAAUCCACACACCGCGCGCAUGCUUGAGCGAGUCGCUGCUGCUGUGACGAAUCGCGAGCCCCUGCUGUUGAUCGGAGAGACUGGUGUGGGGAAGACUACAGCUGUACAACAUCUGGCGACCAAUCUGGGCAAGAAGCUGGUUCCUUUCAACCUGUCACAGCAGAGCGAAGCGGGCGAUCUUCUCGGUGGUUUCAAACCUGUCAGCGUCAGAAGUUUGAUCGUCCCUCUGAAGGAGGACUUUGAUGUGCUCUUCUCAGCCAGUUUCAGUCUCAGCAAGAACCAGCAGUUUCUCGGACUCUUGGGAAAACAAAUGGCACGAGGCAACUGGACUGCAGUUUGCAAGAUCUGGCGAGAGGCUUUCAAGAUGGUCGAGCAGCAUCGUCCCAAAUCAGAGACGCGGCACGGUGCGAACCCAAGCAAGAAGCGGAGGAUUGAAUCGCGCGAUAUCGAUUUUGCUGGCUGGGAUACUUUCCGCGACAGAGUCUCAAGCAUCGAGCAGCGGCUGAAAGGCGGCGACCAGGCGUUUGCCUUCUCUUUCGUCGAAGGCAACAUCGUCAAGGCCGCUCGAAAUGGCGAUUGGGUCCUGCUCGACGAGAUCAAUCUCGCAUCGCCAGACACUCUGGAGUCGAUCGCAGACCUAUUCGAUUCUCAGUCGCCUUCUUUGCUCCUCGCAGAAGCUGGAAAUGCGGAGCGUGUAGACGCCCAUCCCGAGUUUCGCAUCUUCGCAGCCAUGAAUCCAGCUACCGAUGUCGGAAAGAAAGACUUACCACCAGGCAUCCGCUCACGUUUCACCGAAAUCUACGUGGAGAGUCCAGACAAAGAUAUCAAGAGCCUGCAGAGUAUUGUGCGGUCAUAUCUUCGUCAGGAAGUGGCCGGUGAUCAGGCUGUGGCACUCGACACAAGUGUACUGUAUCAAGUGCUCAUCAAGCUCGUCCAGCAGAACAAGAUUGUUGAUGGAGCCGGACAAAUGCCGCACUUCAGCUUGAGGACACUCACCAGAACUCUGAGUUACGCGAAGGAGAUUGCGCCGCUCUGUAGUCUACGACGAGCCUUGUACGAAGGGUUUCAGAUGAGCUUCUUGACCUUGUUGGACGCCGAAUCCGUUGCACUUGUCCAGCCAUUGCUGGAGCAGCACUUGUUGGCGAAGCGCACAAACGUUCGUGCGGAGCUGCAGAGAAGUCUUCGAAAACCCGACGGCGAUGCCCAUCUUCAAGGCUUCCCCGGCAGCAAGCACUGGAUGCGCCAGGGGGAUCUGCCGGUAGAAGAUCAACCUGACUACAUUCUAACACCGUUCAUACGCUCGAAUCUCGAGAACUUGGUUCGAGCAACGAGCACUCGGAAGUUUCCCGUUCUGAUCCAAGGGCCUACGUCCAGCGGCAAGACCAGUAUGAUUGAGUAUCUGGCAAAGCGCACUGGCCACAGGUUCGUCCGAAUCAACAAUCACGAACACACCGAUUUGCAGGAGUAUCUCGGCACCUACAUUUCCGACAUCAAUGGUCGCCUCCACUUUCAGGAAGGUCUUUUAGUCCAGGCGCUACGCCAUGGACACUGGAUCGUUCUCGACGAACUGAACUUGGCGCCCACUGAUGUACUUGAGGCUCUCAACCGGCUGUUGGACGAUAAUCGAGAGCUUUUAAUUCCAGAGACACAAGAAGUCGUACGACCGCACCACAACUUCAUGCUGUUUGCAACUCAGAACCCAGCCGGUCUCUAUGGUGGGCGAAAAAUACUCUCACGGGCAUUCCGGAAUCGCUUCCUUGAACUUCAUUUCGACGAUAUACCCAUCGACGAGCUUCAUGAAAUCCUUCACCGCAGGACGCAGCUCCCCGAGUCACGAUGCAGACGCAUUGUGGCAGUCUACAAGGAGUUGUCCGCCCUUCGCCAGGAGAAUCGCUUGUUUGAGCAGAAGAGCUUCGCAACGCUGCGUGAUCUCUUCCGCUGGGCAUGGCGACCCAACGAUACCAUUGAGCAGCUUGCUGCAAAUGGCUUCAUGCUGUUGGCGGAGCGCGUACGCAAGCCGAUGGAGCGCCAAACGCUGAAAGAGGUCAUUGAGAGGGUCAUGAGCAAGAAUGGACCACGCGUUGUCAUCGACGAGGCUACUUUAUACUCACGGAGUAGUGCGGAGGUCUCUCGAUAUGACAGCCAGGUGCGAGGCAGCGGCGUUGUGUGGACAAAGGCAAUGCGGAGACUUUACGUGCUCGUUUCGAGAGCCGUUGCCAACAACGAGCCUGUACUGCUCGUGGGCGACACCGGAAGCGGGAAGACGACAGUCUGCCAGAUGUUGGCUGACGCCUUUGGCAAAGAACUCAACACUGUAAAUGCACACCAGAACACCGAGACGGGUGAUUUGAUCGGCUCCCAACGACCUGUGCGAGAUCGGGCUGUCAUUGAAGCAAAUCUGCGGCAUCAGCUACUCUCCAUGCCGCUGCUACAGAACCUCGACACGGGUGGCGCUCACUCCACAGACGCCUUACUCCAAACCUACGACAACGCUGUCAAUUCCCUCGCGCCAGCUCAGAGAGAAGCCCACUGUGCAUCAGUUGAACAUCUCGAAGUUCAAGCCUUGCGCAUGCGGUUCAAAUCACUCUUCGAAUGGGCUGAUGGCUCUCUGGUGCAUGCGAUGCGACAUGCGACCUUUUUUCUGCUUGAUGAAAUCUCAUUGGCAGACGAUUCGGUUCUGGAGCGUAUCAACAGCGUUCUCGAGCCCGGACGGUCGAUAUUGCUCGCCGAGAAAGGUAGCCUCGAUUCGUAUGUCACCGCGGCGACAGGCUUCCAGUUCUUUGCCACGAUGAAUCCGGGAGGAGACUAUGGCAAGAAGGAGCUGUCGCCUGCUCUUCGGAAUCGUUUUACCGAAAUAUGGGUGCCUGCUCUGGACGGGGCGGAAGACAUCGAAGAAAUUGUCAACGCCAAACUGGUCGACAUCGCGAAAGGAUACGGCCAGUCCAUGGUGGCGUUUGCGCAAUGGUUCAACAACCGCUACAAUACGUCUGCGAGCUCUUCCAUCUCCAUUCGAGAUGUCCUGGCUUGGGUCAGAUUUGUGAACAAGUUUGCAAAUGCAAAUCUCGCAAUGUCGCUUGUGCACGGUGCAGCGAUGGUCUAUCUGGACACUCUCGGAGCCAAUCCGGCCGGCAUGAUGGCUUUAUCACGCGGCAGCAUCAUGCAAGAGCGCGCGGCCUGCCUUGAACGGCUCUCUCAGCUGCUGGGGCUCGAUUCUGGUGCAGUGUACUACCAGCCAGUGGAGAUCGACUUCGCGCAAGAUCAAGUCAACGUCGGUCCCUACUCCCUACCCCGAAGACCAUCGGAAAUGCAUGCCGACUUGUCCUUCUCAUUCCGACCUCUGACUACGCAAGUCAACCUCAUGCGUGUCGUGAGAGCAAUGCAAGUUUCCAAGCCAGUCUUGCUCGAAGGCAGUCCUGGCGUCGGCAAAACAGCUUUGGUCGCAGCUUUGGCGCAGGCGGUCUCUUGUCCAUUGACAAGAAUCAAUCUUUCCGAGCAAACGGAUCUUUUAGACCUCUUUGGCUCUGACGUGCCAGUAGAGGACGGUCAGCCCGGGACGUUUGCGUGGCGGGAUGCUCCCUUCCUCCGUGCCAUGAAGGCCGGUGAAUGGGUGCUUUUGGACGAACUGAAUCUCGCCUCCCAGUCUGUGCUGGAAGGGCUGAAUGCUUGUCUGGACCACCGUGGUGAAGUCUUCGUGCCCGAGUUAGGACAGACCUUCACUCGCCAUUCCGACUUUCGCGUAUUUGCCGCACAGAAUCCACACCACCAAGGCGGCGGCCGAAAGGGUCUUCCCGCAUCGUUUGUGAAUCGAUUCACCGUCGUCUACGCAGACUCCUUUAGCUCCGAUGAUCUGAUGCUCAUCUGCAAACAGAGCCAUGUGAACCUUGACGAAGGCCCUCUGCGACAAGCUGUCCAACUGAUGGAGGCCCUCGAGGUUGAAGUCAACACCUCCAAGAAGAUUGGAGCAGCUGGUGGGCCUUGGGAGUUCAACCUUCGCGACCUCAACAAGUUCCUCUCCUUGGUUUCAGCAGAACAUGGUUUCCUCAAGGCUGGGUCUGCUCAGGAUUUCGCGGGUCUGGUCUUUUCGCAGCGUUUUCGAUCUCCUACCGAUCAAAACGCCGUUCUCAGCCUCGUCUCGCAUGUAUUUCGGGGCGCUGAACACGUUUCAGAUCUCUUCCCGAGCUUGUCUCCUCGCUUCCUACAGAUCGGUCUCGCCGCUCUUCAAAGAAGUCCUCGCGAAGCGACCUUCCCGGAGUUGACCCCCGAAGCUUCCAUUAGGGAACAUGACUUGCGCACGCUGCAGUCGCUCAUGAUUUGUGUUCAACAAAACUGGCCGGUCAUUCUGACAGGUCCUUCUGGAUCUGGGAAGUCCGCGCUCGUCCAUGAUCUAGCCAGCCUGGUCGGAGCCUCGGUUGUGACGCUUGCAAUGAAUGCCGAGACCGAUGCCAUGGAUCUUUUGGGUGGGUACGAGCAGGCGGAUCCCCGGCGACACUCGAUGGCUUCCCUUCAGCAGCUGCGUACCGAGCUCGUUGACGCAGUGAAGGACAUGAAACAUGCUGCACAACUUCCUGAGCUUCUUGAAGCGCUGAUCACCCUCGAUAGCGUGGCCUUGGGAGAGGUCGAUGCCCGACGUCUCACAGAUGUGCUGCAUACGCUGGGUAACCUGGGUAUGACUCACGCGCCCGCCAUGCUACACGAUGUUCUACUCGACUCCAAUGCUCUCGACCAAGGGCGUUUUGAGUGGAUCGACGGACUUCUGAUCGAAGCUCUGGAACAAGGCAAGUGGCUCAUCCUGGAUAAUGCUAACUUGUGUAGCUCAUCGGUGCUCGAUCGACUCAACUCGCUACUUGAACCACAUGGCACGCUGGUGAUGAGUGAGCACAACAAUGCGGAUGGCACUCCUGGGGUCAUCCGCCCGCAUCCCGACUUUCGCAUCUUCAUGCUGUUGGAUCCUCAGUACGGCGAACUGUCGCGCGCCAUGCGGAACAGAGCCAUCGAGCUCUACGUGCUCGACUUCCCGGAUAGUCUCAUAUCUCGUGAUGGUGUCAGACUUCAUUCGGAGUCUACGAUUGCACGCUUCCGUCAAGCCAAACUACUACAGCCUAUUGUCACGGAACAGCUUGUCGAGCCUGGCGCAGUCGUCAAGGUGUUUGACGAUCAUCUCGCCCUCCAAGAUGCUGCGCUCAUCGCAAGAUUCAAGCAGCAGAUCAGCAUUGGGCUGUACCGAUCAGAACCCAGUUAUGUGAAUGCUUUGUCAAGCGUGUCCGGGCGGAUGCUGUCCCAACAUACUAGCGAGCUCGCUAGCCUCUACAGGUCUCUUGUGGACCUUUCACAGGCGCCCACUGACUUCGUCUCUAUCCAGACUCUGCACCCUCUCAACAAUCAAGCUCUCGUACUCUGCUCCCCACAAGAGUCUCCCAGCGCCUGGUCAUUGGCAUUUGCUCACGAAGCCGAUCUGCGAAUAACUGCGAUUCACACAGCCAUGGUCUCCAUGGAGAAGGAUAAGAGAACUCUGGCGAGCUUGCGCCGCCUCGAGCAAUCUGUUGGUCUGGCAGUCGGCGCUGCCAAAUCACAGGCUUCGACUUCAAGUAUCAUGACUGUGAUGAAGGUCGCAUGUCGGGGUCUUAGCUUAUGGCUGGAAAGCAGACCUGUCUUGCCUUGGCCAUUGCUGAUCACGGCAAGAAGAAUCGUCGGUGACCUAUGUACUCUCUGUCAUUUUGGUCUCGCGCUCAUCGAGAGCGGCAGCAUGAGUAGCUCGCAGUUCGUUUCUUUCCUGGUUGCAGGCCAGGCCUUGACACGCUCGAUGUUGCCGCUGGACACUCACGAAUCGCUAUCGCUCGGUGUAAGGGAGAUACAACAAUCCUUGGCCGCCCUCGUCGCUACCAUCCAGGGCGGAAAAGGCCGUGCUUGCAUCGCCUUCUGGAACUCCUUCGCCUUGAAUAUCCCAACCACACGAGAACAGCUGGACGAGCUUCUCACGUUCGAAAGUGCUGUCAGUUCAUUUGACAGAGCAUCUCAACGAUUGGACCAACCCCUCGAUCAUAUGGCGGAGUUACGUCUUUUGACCGCCCGUGCACUGCAAUCUGCUCCGGCGCACGGACGCGAACUCGUUCAACUUACGAGCAAGUUUGACAGCCUAUCGUCGACCUCCCAGACCGCGGAAUCAACGAAAUCUGCUACGCCUCACUUCCACAGCGUCUAUCGAAGCCUUUGCAAUUUCUUUUCGGUCCUCAUGCUGGACGAAUCUGUCACCUUGCCUCCCAUGGAUCUUGCAAGACUGUCGCUGCUAGCAUGUUCCUCUACCAAAGAAGGCAUAGAUCGGUAUGCAGUCUCUGAGCGCACGUCCUGGGAAGCGCAGUUUGGACUAUUAGCAGCCAGUACCGGCAGUGUCCUUGAGCCCGACAAAGGAGAGCACACCAACGUCCUGCAGUGUCUGGACACUACAGGUAAUGUCAGCUUGGGCCGAAUGGACCUGUUGAAGACGGAGCUCAACACUCUCGGUGCAACAGUUGCUUCCCAAGCACACCUCCUCCGAAUGAACGAAACUGAACCCCUCGACAUGUGCCUAGAACGCAUGUUUGUGACGAUGCUGAAGGCACUGUCUCAAUCAGCAGGUGACGCCAGUCUCGAAGAGCUUGGCAGGCAGACUUUACAACUGCUCGCUAAAAGCGCGGAUGACUCGACGACCACAACCACUACGGAGUCUCUGACGCAGCUGUUCCAAGAAGUUGUUGCAUAUCUGGGCUUCGCGACUCACCAUCCGGCACAGAAUAAUCCCAGUCAGUGCGCGAGAGCUUGGGCAUCGCUGGCUUGCGCUGGUCUCCGACUCUAUGUCUCGAAGAUUGCAUAUGACCCUGCUAUGGUGGAAUCAGCUCAGCAGGAAAUGCAUCAGCAGCAGUCUCAAGAUCUCUUCACAAGGCUCAACGCGUUCAAUGCGUUCCGAGUCGCCUUAACUGGUACCAGCAAGCAUCUCCGGGUGAAACUGUUGGCGAAUGAGGUGCGUGCCUUGGGACCGGCUCCACGGACACGACAAGCAUAUCGGCCGGCGAAGUCCCAAAUUGCAGAGCUCCAGCCGGAUCUUGAUGCGCUGACUCGUGCUCUCGAACCUGUUGUGCGUGGCUUGGAAGCACAGGACGACUUUCUCCCUCUGAGCCCAAUUCUGUUGAACAACCUUGUCAAUGUCAGAGGAAGGCUCUUGCAUCAACACCGUGCAUACGAUGACUUCAAGCUACCUAUUGUUGGGUUCAUCGACUGUCUACUUACUGCUCACCGUCUCUCGAUCGUCGCAAACGAAAGCCAACGGUCGCAAGCUGGUCCGCGAGUCUCUGCUCUGUUGCCAUUCGUUGGCGGCAGUCUGGAAGCUUUUCUCGACGAUGCUGUCUUUGUUGACGCUAAUGCUUCCUCGAGAACGCAAGCUGAAGGGCUCUGCUGGACCCACUUGAUUGCCUUACGCUCAAGAACUCGCCCCAUGGUGGAGUGCUCCCAGCCACUUCGCACGGCCGUACAACAGCGCUUUCACGAAUACUAUACUCAGUGGAGGACGCAGUUGCAGGACGAACAGCGCGAAACAAUGGCCAGAUCCAGCCUGUACAAGUUCAAAGGCCAGAGCGACGAUCAAGACCCCACGCAAGAAGAUGUCGAUGAAUACUUCCCCGUGGGAGAUGUCAUGACGAACGAACAAUCACCAAAGCAGGACGCAUUACAGCCCGAGGACCUUGCAUUCACAAUCGCACAAUUCCAUCAGUCAGUGUUCUCUGACAAACCCGCCGAUCAGUCCGAAGGUCUCCUUGCCUUGUUGCGACAGCUGCCCAAGGUUUACGCGCCGCCGCCGUCAUGGAGCCAGAGCCAAGAUAUGAUGGCCCCAUUGAUCCUCUUGAUCAGCGAUCAACGCGCUGCACUGCAGGAGAAUGGCAAUACUGCCUACGACAUAUAUCGCAAUGCGAAUCCCUUGGAGGCCAGGAGACUGCUCGCAAUCUUGGGCAAAGCAGUCAAAAGGUUCCAAAGCAUCCACGAAGUAUGGCCUGAGCACGCGACCCCUGUGGAGGUUGCAAGACUCUGCGAAGACCUUUCGAGUAUCAGCCAUUCUGCACCUCUCACCCGGUUCAUGCCCAAGCUGGAGAAGCUGCACGGUACGAUCUAUGAAUGGCAGAAGAUUGCGAGUAGGGAGUACAGCGCCGCCGAUAUCUACGAAGAGCUGACCAAUCUCCUCGUGAGCUGGCGUCAACUGGAGCUUUCGUCGUGGGCAGGACUCUUCGACCGAGAGAAAGCAGAGUGCGAACGAUCUGCCGCUUCAUGGUGGUACAUCGCAUAUGAGGCCAUCAUCGUUGGCUCGAUGAACGCCGACUCAUCCCAGGAUCUGACUCGACACGCAGGAGCGCUGCUCAACACACUUCGUGAUUUCUUGACAUCGUGUGCUUUGGGCGAGUUCUCUACAAGAUUGCAGCUGCUUCGUGCAUUUGGCUCUCAUCUGAGAGCAGGUGCUAUCGACCAGCCACCGCUAGGGAAGAUCUACGAAGCCCUGAUCAAUGUGGUGAACUACUACGCGACUUUCGAGCAUACCGUCAACGAAACGCUCUCAAAGAAGCAAAGCCAGUUGGAGAAAGAAGUCAAGGAUAUCAUUCGACUCGCGAGCUGGAAAGACCGAAACAUCGAUGUCUUGAGACAGAGCGCACAGUCUUCUCACAAGCGUUUACUCCGGCUGGUCAAGAAGUAUCGCGGGCUUCUCGCUCAGCCGGUUGAGCCCAUCAUCUACGGUGACUUUCCUGCACGAACUGCAGACCGAAGUGCAUUGGGUGUAGAAGAUUCCUGGAGACCCACGCGGACACCCCCUGACCUCGAGGCGUACCGCGACAACAAGGCUUUGGACAAACGACUUGUUCGACUUAUCAAUACCGGUCCCGCUCUCGAUGCGCUCGUUCAGCGGGUGGAUCAGAUGCAACACCACUUUCAAGCACCCCAGAAGGUCAAAGCCUUUACCGACGAUCUGACAGAGUCGAUUGGAGAGCUACAACGUGCCACGCCUACAGUCUUGAAGGAUGAGAACCAAGCACUCUUGAAUCACUUGAAGACCCGGAAACGUCGAUUGUUGGCGGACGUGUUGAAAGGCCUGCGCCAGAUGGGUUUCCAGGCCACCAUGAAUCAGACGGCGGUGGCCGAUCAAUCGUCCACCGCUAUUGUGCUUGCAGCCCUACCAACGUCAAAUCACGACGUUGCCACUUCAAGCCACUCGGGUGUGCAGUACGAGUUCCACCGGUUCCUUCACGCCAUACCGAAAGCUAGACAGAGUGCUGCCAAAGCCUCCCCGGAUCUCACGAAGCAGGAGGUAGCAAGAUGUUCGACACUCCUUGAGAGUAUCCUCCAGCUGUCGGUCGAACAAUACGGAUCCUCGUUGAAAGGUACAAACCAGCUACAUGAGCUGGACAAAGCAAUGCGUCCAUUACGUGCUCUCACAGUCGACAAAGCCUUGGUCGUGCAGCCGUUUGACAGUGCAAGAGCAUCCGCACAGGCUGUCCAAGUUGCAUUGAUGGAGCCUGUUCUUCAAACCUCACUCAAGUUGCUGAGCCUACAGCAAGACUUGUCGGGCAAGGACUACUCUGAGCUUGCAGAUCACCUUCGUCAAAGCCUUGUUCAACUCGCUGUCGUUCGAUCUAGUAUCGAGGAGUCGUCACAUCUGGCUCCGAAUCUGCGGAACGCCAACAAUGAAUCCCCGCAGGCACAGUUGAAUGUUUUGCUACAAGACGUGAACGCAGCAGCGAGGCAAGCGACGUCGAAGCAUCCCGAGAUUCACAUCAUCACUGAGCAGCUGGCGAAGUGGCUCACCAAACACGACCUCACGGACACAGAGUCGCUGCAGGCUUUUGAUCUCUCUCAGUGGACUGAAGGGAUCACGUCAGCGUGUGAUAUCAUGCUUUCUCGGACACAAGACAUGUUCGCAAACCGUAUCGAUGAGGAUCAAGAAAAGCCUGAUGCGCGAUGGUUGGUGGCGCAAAGCAGGAUGCUGCAACAGCACCUCCAAUCGCUUGAUCUGGAUUCUAUGACAAAUAUGGUGGAUGGCUUCAUGUCGCAAAUCACCAAUCUCCAGCAAGGUCAAGACGCUGAGCUUUCGUCGAUCCUGAUCAUCUGCCAAACACUUCGCCCGGUCCUCGAUACGUACUACUUCACUGCUCGCAGGCUGCUUACGAUCUCGAACGAGCUUUCGACACGAAUCAGCCAGCUCGGAUACCGGUUAUCAACCUCGUUCAUUCAAAUAGCCACGCAAGGCUUCUGUACGCCUGCGGAGACUUCCGAUGCUUCUACACAGAAAGGCGAUGCAGUUGAAGCUGGAACGGGGUUGGGUGAUGGUGAAGGGGCUGAGGACAUUAGUAAGGAUGUGGGGGAUGAUGAAGAUCUGUCUGAGGCCGCGCAAGGGAAGAACGAAGCGGACAAAGAUCGUGAACUUGAAGCGGAGAAGGAUGCAGUUGAUAUGGCGGAUGAAGAGAUGGAAGGUGAAUUGGAUGAUGGUGUGGCGGACAGUGAGAUGGGAGAGGAAAGUGGGGACGAUGAUGUCGAAGACGAUGCGAAACCUACGGAAGAAGCGGUGCAAGAUGGAGAUGAUGCGUCAUCCUUGCAAGAUGAGAAGACGUGGGAGGGAGCCGCUGAUGAGGACCAGAGUCAAAAGGACACCGACAAGGGAAAGAGCAGCAAACGUGAGGACGAACUUGCCGCAGCCAAGGGAGAGGGGGAAGAAAAUAAGGAACAAGGCGACGACGGCGAUGAAGCACCUGAAGAGGAGUCAGGCUCCGUCGGAGAUGACAUGGAGCAGCCAUCGACGGACAACCUAGAUGCUGAAGCUCGACAAGAAGAAGCGCUCGAGCUGCCGGACGACAUGAACUUUGGUGGGGAAGCCGACUCUGUCAGCGGAGACGAUUCCGACAUGGACAUGCUGGAAGACGAGCCACAGCCAGAGCCGGGCGAACAAGAGGCACCAUUACCAGACGCCGAUUCCGUGACGAACGACGAAGAAGAUGCCGAGGUCAACCAAGACACCCAAGACGCUGCGGACGGUGAUGUCCAGCCUGACGAAUCUGGCGAACAAGACGGCAAAGAACAAGACAAAGACACUCUCAUGGCCGAUCUGGAUGAUUCUCAAUCACCCACAGGAGGCGAGGAGUCUUCGCGCAAGGACGUCGGGCAGAGUGGAGAAAAGCAGACUGAUUCCGAUAUGCCAGCCGACGUCACGGAAGAGGCCGAAAUCGAAGAUCCUCAACAAGCAUGGGCACAGCACGAAGACAACACGCGCAACCUGGCCUUCACCUUGACCGAACAUCUGCGUCUAAUCUUACAGCCGACGCAGGCCACGAGACUCCGCGGCGACUUCCGCACAGGCAAAAGACUCAACAUCAAACGCAUCAUCCCCUACAUCGCCUCGUCGUACAAGCGAGACAAAAUCUGGAUGCGCCGCUCGGUCCCCAGCAAGCGCUCGUACCAGGUGAUGCUAGCCAUAGACGAUUCCAAAUCCAUGGCAGAGAGUCAAAACCGGAACCUGGCAUUCGACACCCUCGCUUUGAUCUCCAAGAGCAUGUCGAUGCUGGAAGUUGGAGAGCUCAGCAUCGUCGGCUUCGGCGAAGACGCCAAAGUCAUCCACGACUUCAGCUCAACCUUCACCUCCGACGCGGGCGUGGAGACGCUCAAGCAAUUCACGUUUGCGCAGGGCAAGACGAACGUGCGGCUUUUGCUCGAAACGUCGCUCGAACACUUCCGACAAGCGAGGAUGAAGGCCACCAGCUCCUCGCAAGACCUCUGGCAGCUGCAGCUUAUUAUCUCCGACGGCAUUUGUGAAGACCACCCCUCUAUCCGCCAGCUUGUACGUCAAGCGCACGAAGAGCGCAUCAUGAUUGUGUUCAUCAUCGUCGAUGCACCACGAGACGACGAUCACAAGGGUGAAGACGCAGCCGAGCAACAACGCCGAUCGAAGCAAAGCGUGCUCGAUUUGUCGACAGCAGAGUUCGUCAAGGACCAAGAUUCGGGCGAAAUGAAGCUAAAGAUGGUCAAGUAUCUCGACACGUUUCCCUUUCAAUACUACCUGAUUGUGCGCGAGGUGGAGGAGUUGCCCGGCGUGUUGGCUGCGGCUUUGAGGCAGUGGUUUGCGGAGGUGAUGAGUACCGGUGGUUGA